GAACAAAGAAUUUACUGUCAUAUUGAAAAUCUAAGAGAGCAAAUGUCUGGAAAGCCUUUGUAAACAUCGAUGGGUCGUUAGUUCUUGUGCUGUCGAUAUACGAGUAAGUCAGGAAUUUACUGCGCAUAAAAUAUUAUUAUGCAAUGAAAACGGGCGCUGCGAGUACCCCAACGUCCUCUAGAAAACGAAGAGCGCUUCCAAAACUAUCGGAUUCCUCAAUCGAACAAACAUCCUCCCUAAAAAAACGUCUUGAGGAUUUAUCUUCGGGAUGUUCCUCGAAAUCUACGAAAUCCGGAUCUGAGCACGUGAACACAACGAAAAGUCAUAAACGACACGUGCGAAGGAACAAACAGAUACGAGGACCGAUCAUAAAGUGGAGUGGGAACGAUACGUAUGGGCAAUCCGCAAGGGAAACCGAUAGCGAAAAAAAUUACGUUACAGUCGAUAAUGCCAAAGAAAUCGAACCGACUGUCAGUGAAAAUUGUGAUUCGAACUGUGGAACCGAUUAUCCGUGGGAAAAAAUACGCGAGGUGAUUCGAGAUGUGCCUGCACCGAUCGACGAUGUGGAAUCCAUUUUUGACAAGCCUCUCCCUCGUUCGCCAAGCAUAUUAUCGAAAUUCGUGAACCCAAAUUCAGAGGAAAACAAUGAUAGUAUAGCGGAUGGUCCCCAGCUCAUCGACUUGGAUGACAGCGUUGCUUGCAAUGAUCACGACGAAGAUAUUCUAGUGGUGGGUAAUCAUAGUAAAAAAUAUCCCCCACCAAUCGAGUUAGGAUAUCGCUCCCACCUAGUAGGAAGGCCUAUACCACAGCAUCUACAGAACUGGCAGCAAACGAUCUCCGAAAUCAGUAACAGAGCCCAAGAGAGUAACAAAACGUCGAAGCGUUCGAAGAGAAGAAAAUCUGAAGGGAAAUCACAGCCUCGGAACACCGUCACGGUUCGCGGAAGUCUCGGGAAAAAUACGAAACCAGUCUAUUUCACGUCUUCGUCGUCUUCCUCAGAGGAAUAUGAUGAUGAUAAAGCUUAUAUUUACCAGUGGGACGAGGCCAGACGAAAGUACGUCCGUCAUCCACUGUCCCCAGCGAAAGCCAUCGGUUGGAAAAAAGGCACGGAAGAGAUCGAAAAGGACAAAUUGUGGGACGAGUUUUAUCGAGAAUACAAAGAAUCGUUGCUGCUGGUAAGCGACGAAGCUGCAAAAGCUACUGAGAUUCAUUCAGCGACAAAAGACACCGCUCAAGUUUCGCGAUCACGAAGAAAAUCCAAAAUGUCUAUCGACAUUUUGGAAUCCCCGAAUUUUCAAAUGCCUCGCGAAAGUUUCGUUGAAAAUCGGCAAGUUACCGACAGCGAUUCAUCACCCGCAGACUCUUCUGAUUCUUCUCGCAUGCAGUCUCGUACAGCUGGACGUUUGGUUCUUGAGAAUCAGAAAGCAACCUCGAAACUGUCAGCGAAAAAUGGUCGACUGAAAUUGAGUAAAAAAUCGUUCAAGUCCGUGAGAAGAUCCGGUGAAGAUUCCGAUGAUAUUUUCGAAGUAAAACCCAGUAAAAGAAGGAGGAAAAACCGUAAACGCUUAGUUUCACAAUCCGCCGGUUCCUCCGAAGUAUCGCCAUCAAUUUACAUGCGCGCCGCCGAUGAUUCAUCCGAGGAAAAACUCGUAGCACGAUCGUUUAAAAAGAAGAGAAAGCCUGUCAAAAUAUCGUCGUCAAUUGAUGAGCCGGAAGAAAUUGAAUUCGUAAAUCUAGUUCCGGAAGAAGACGAAGAUUCUGCUCGAUCGGUCGGGCAACUUCGAAGGAAAAGUUUGUCAGAAACUGCUAUCGAAAUCCCGCGAGAACACCGAGUGGCGAAAGCUCGCAAUAGUUUUUCGAGAGCCGAAGAUAAACCGUCGUGCUCGUCUGAUGAGAGUACGAGUGGACAUUCCGCCUUGACCGUAAUAGCCGAUCACAGGCUAAGCCUGUCACCGCAAUCCGUCGAUAAAAUACUGAUAACUGUUCUCGAAGAUACGGAGGAGAAUGAAAGCUUGACGAACAGGAAGAAUUCAUCGGAUUCGAAGAGCACGCAAUUUUCGGAUAAUUCCGAAGUAAGAAUAGACUCGAAAACAAAUCUUAGAAAACCCAGAAGUAGAUCAACACAAAAACUGCUGAAAGGAAUCGUAACGAAAUGCGGUUCUGAUCGAUGGUUAAUUAAUCUCCCGAAAAAUUUCGAAAAUCAGUAAUGAAAUUGCGUUCAGAAAUUUUGCCAAAUAAAUUUAGACAUUUUCGCGGAUUCAACAAGAAGCGGAAUUUUUUCGAAAAUUCAACGCUUUAUUGAUUUUGUAAAUAAAUUAUUUUCCAAGUGGAUGCUGAAAAACAUAUGCAACGUGUGAUGAAACGAAUCGAAAAAUCAUUCAUUAUUUCGCUUGCGUUAGGUUGUAUCAAUUGUAAAAAUUCGAUGAAAAUCGAAAAUUCGUUUGAAAUUCGAUGAUGCCUGGGAUUUUGGAAUCAUUAGGUAAUUUCAAAAAAAAAUUGUUCAAUAAUAAUGCAAUAAAAACAAACCGGACAAACGGCGAGUCUCGUCGACGAAGUUCCAGAAGAUUGUUCAAUUUAGAUUUGAGUUCUUUCUUGUUGAAAUCGUUGGAAUUUUGGUUUUCAAUGGAAAUCAUUCGGGGAUGUCGAAUGAGCAGUUUAUUGAUUUUUUCCCAGGCAAUGUCGUCUUCAUUUUCAGCACUGAUUAACUGUAAUUGUAGUUACAAACGAGUGAUGUUUCGUAACAAAUAAAAACGAGAAAUGGCAAGCAUCAAGAACGAAAUAAUUAAUCCAACGAAUCAUUUGGAACUUUUAAAUCCGAAAAAAAUUGCUUCGUAAGGCUGGUAAUUACUCUCUCAAAAGCCAUCAAGCAUACGAGAACGAUUAUCGAGCAUUUCAAGUCUUUUUUCAUAUCAGUCUUGGCUCAUCCUUACGGUUUGACU